UGCACAAAGCGAAACCACUGUUUACAAAUACACAAAGUUCUUGACAGCGACUAAAAUCACCAACGGCAGGAAAUCGCCGUUUGCCAGCUGUUUACCUCGACAGAGUAUAAAUGGAUGCAUUAACCUUGUGACGUUAUAAGAGAGGCUGAUGAUGGCGGAUGAGGCUGGAAAACUUCCACUCCGGCGUCUGGAACCUCCCAUUCAAAAAUUCAUUAAAGUGGCCAUCCCUACUGACCUGGAGAGACUGCACCAGCACCAGCACAACAUAGAAAAGUUUCAGAGAAACAGACAGUGGGACAAACUGCAUCAUGAGCACAUCAACUCCAGUCGCACUGUCCAGCAGCUGCAAUCUAACCUGCGGGAGAUGGAGAAGUUGUGUGGACGAGUUCGCAGCAUUGAUGCUGAAGCUCUGGAGAAACUCGUUCAGCCAAUCAGAGAUCGAGCCUCUGCUGCCGUUCAAGUGUUUCUCCAGAUUCACUCGGACGCUGUCAACAGGCAAAACUUUAACGAAGCUAUUACCACUGCUGCAGAAACAUCACACAGUAAGGAUGACACAGGUGUCCCUGGUUCCCCUGUCACUCAAACACAGCUGCUCCUGCCUGAAAUCCCUCCAGAACAGAACGCCGCGGAGUCCUGGGACUCUUUAGCUGAGGACCUGCUUGAACUGAAUGGUUUAGUGAACGAGUUCUCCACUAUUGUUCAUGCUCAGCAGGAGAAGAUUGACAGCAUCGAAGCAAACGUUAGCAUAGCAGCUGCAAAUGUGGAGGAGGGGACCCAGAGCCUGGGGAAGGCGGCCCGUGCGAAGCUAGCAGUGUUGCCUGUGGCAGGAGCGAUGGUCGGGGGAGUGUUAGGGGGGCCGCUGGGACUCUUAGCAGGGUUUAAAGUGGCGGGGGUCGCCGCUGCCUUUGGAGGUGGACUGCUUGGUUUUGCCGGCGGAAACUUGAUCCAACGCAAGAGGAAAGAAAGAAUCGACUUGCAGCUACAAGAGCUUCACAGCAACAACAACAGUAAGAACGACACUCAGUGACACGUUUGUUUUCAUGGAGGAAUCCGCGAGACGGCAGACUUAGACGACCCACGCGUGUUCUCAAAUAAACAGCAGACGCUCAUGAACGUACAUGCAGAAAUCAACCACAUCUGCACAGUAACUCCUACAUGCAGUGCAAACAUGCACAUGCAAGUGGACCUGCUAAUUUCCCUUUUGCCUUAAUUCACUAUGUAGUUCUAUGCCAAAGCAAACAGGCCCAUCUCAUGUGCUGCUAAACAGCUGAGUGACCUUUGGAGCUGUAAUAGAAGUGUUAGAAGUGGUUAGAGAUUCUAGGUUAUAGAUGGUUGUACAAGGCGGGUACGAUUGUGAGAUUCUCAUUUUAAAGUAUUGUACAGUUUGAUCUAUGGUGAGCAUCUGUGGUAGGUGACAUACUCCUGUUUACAGUUAUUAUGUAGAUUUUGUUGUGCUUAAAUGAUAUUAUCAUGUAUAAUUCCAUUAUAAAACACAUACAAUUGUGACAUAAGGCUGGGAUUUUCUUUUACUUGUGUUAAUGGUUAUGAAUAGAUGAUGAUGGGUACUUUAUAAGGUCUUAUAACACUUGCCAAUGCACAGUAGUGAGAAACACUUUAAGAAUUAAUAUUAUAAACUAUAAACAAUCAUUAAUAGAAAUUAUAAAAUGAAAAAUAACAUUGUUUCCAGAACCUGUUGAGCCUAUUGUACUCAUAACGUUAUAUUUACUUUGCCUUAAUGAUAUUUUGAUAGAUUAAACAUUUCAGAUAAUCUCUCAGGCUGCUUUAAAUCAAUACAAUUUCAAUGUGACUUCAAUGCCUUGUGAUAACACUUUAUAGUAUAUCAUACUGGAUAACUAUAGAGAAAUCAAAUUAUUUGUUUAUAUAUUAUUGUUAUUCAAUUUUGUGGCAAAACUUUCAGUUUAAGGUUACUUCAGUUAUAAUUGCACAUUGAAGAAAACAUUUCACCUCUUGGGUAAUUGUUUGCGGUAUCUUACUGUAACUGUGGAAAUGCAAACAAAAACCUUCUUUAUUUUUUAUGGUCUUUUUUAUUUUAAAGCAAUUAAUAUGUAUGAUCCAGAUGUUUCUGUUCAACAUCCUUCUACGCUGGGUUUACGUGGGCUGUUUGUGUCUUUCUAUGUUCUGCUGGGGUUUCUGAUAGAUUUAGGUGAGGUUUCCCUUUAAGGCUUUGAUAACACAAGUCUCUGAGAAGCAAAUCUAAUACUGAAAUCAAUGCACUGUGAGACCUCCUUCAGCACAAACAACAUUUGAAUGUUAUUUGAUUAUGGUCCCGAAGAACAGACAGAAAAGAACAAUAGCCUUUUAUGGUUUAUUGAUCCUUAUUUUAGUUUGGUCAAAAUGAAAAGAAGGAAAUAAAAUAUUGUCUGUUUCAAA